AUGGACAGAUCGGACUCUGAGAAAACGGACGUUCUUCCAAUGUUCAAACAGGAGUAUGGCAGAUAUGGGCGACAGAUGCUGGUGCCUGAGUUUGGAAUAUCCGGCCAGUUGGAUUUGCGAUCGAAACGGAUCCUGGUGGUUGGAGCUGGAGGUCUGGGGUCUCCAGCAAUUCAGUAUCUGGCUGGAGCAGGGAUAGGACAUAUCACCAUCAUUGACGAUGAUACGGUGGAGGAGUCUAAUUUGCAUAGACAGACGAUUCAUGCUGGAAACGUGAAUGUGCCCAAAUCUGAGAGUGCGGCCGAGUUUGUUGGAAAGCUCAACCCUUGCAUUUCCGUGACCCCCAUGGUUGUUCGUCUCUCUCCAUCCAACUCCUUCAGCGUCUUCGAGGGUCAUGAUCUCGUCUUGGACUGCACCGAUGGCCCGGCUGUUAGGUACCUGAUCAACGACACAGCUGUGCUUUCGGGAAUUCCUGUGGUUUCUGCAUCUGCUCUCAAAACCGAGGGUCAGCUCAGUAUAUACAACUACAAUGGAGGGCCUUGCUACCGAUGUCUGUUUCCCAUUCCUCCACCUGCUGACGCGGUUCAAACGUGUGGAGAUGGGGGUAUCAUGGGGCCGGUGGUGGGAAUGAUGGGUAUGAGUCAGGCUAUGGAAGCCAUCAAACUGCUCACAGGAGUAUACAGCGAGUCUUUCACUCCCUUUCUCAUGCUUUAUUCUGCAUACAACUUUCCUCCAUGGAAAUCUGUCAAGGUGCGGAAACGACAGAAGACAUGUGCAGCCUGUGGAGACGUGCCCCGCAUUUCCAGACAACUUAUAGAGACGGGACAAGUGGAUUACUCUGAGUUCUGCGGAUCUCCUAGCCAGGUGUUGCUUGGCGAGGAGCAUAGAAUCACACCCGAAGAGUAUAGCAAGAUUGUGUCUACCAAACAUAUACUGUUGGAUGUUCGAGAGAGACCUCAGUUCGACAUCACGUCUUUUCCUAGGUCCAUAAACAUUCCGUGGUCUGAGCUCAAACACAAGGAGGAGUUGGAUGUUCAAGUGGAUGGCUCUCCAGUAUAUGUUGUCUGUCGGUACGGAAACGACUCUCAGAACGCGGUUGACAAGCUGCAAAAACUCGGCAUUCCAUCCAAGGAUAUCAAGGGUGGACUCUAUGCAUGGGCUAAGAAUGUGGACGAGAAGUUCCCCAUCUACUAA